UGUUCGCUUGCCAAUUUAAAUCUCCCUCUCAUAGCGAUGCAACUUCCGUUUUCAGCACCAUGUACAGCGCCGUCACUCUCAUUUUUUCAUCGACAGCUUAUACGGCAGCUUGAGGCGGGGAGGUAAACUUUUGGCAAUAUCAGAGUGAAGGUUUAUAGCCGUGUAUAGCUACGACACUGUUUGCGCGUCUCCAGCCCAAUGUUCAUCACAGUCCGUCGCAGCGAUAAAUAAGUGCGGCCACGAAGAGCGAAGGGGAGAGGCUCCGGAGAUAGGCUCCCGAUAUGAAAUGAAUAUGCACAGAAACGAUUCCGUGAAACAGAUCUGUCGCUUUCUGCUACAGGGUUGCUGAGGGAUAAAUAAAUAGUAAGAGCAAAAAGAGAGAAUCGAGCGACUUGCAACGCGAAAGAGAGCCGGGAGGAAAGGACUGCUGUGCGGGGGGACGCAAAGGGACUCGAUCUGCAUGUGAGACCGCUGGUCCACACACACCGGAGGCAAGAGAUGCAGCCUGCGAGCAAGCUCCUGACUCUGAUUCUCCUCAUCUUCAUGGGCACAGAACUCACCCAAGUGUUGCCAGCGAACCCAGAGGAGUCGUGGCAGGUGUACAGUUCAGCCCAGGAUAGUGAGGGAAGGUGUGUCUGCACUGUGGUGGCGCCCCAGCAGUCCAUGUGUUCACGGGAUGCCCGCACCAAACAACUGAGGCAGCUGUUAGAGAAGGUCCAGAACAUGACCCAGUCCAUCCAGGUCCUGGAUCAGCGAACCCAGCGGGACCUGCAGUACGUGGAGAAGAUGGAGGUCCAGCUCCGUGGUUUGGAGUCCAAGUUCAGGCAGGUGGAGGAGAACCACAAGCAGAACAUCGCCAAGCAAUACAAGGCCAUAAAAGCGAAAAUGGAGGAGCUUAGACCGUUGAUACCAGUGUUGGAGGAGUACAAGGCCGAUGCCAAAUUGGUAUUGCAGUUUAAGGAGGAGGUCCAGAAUCUGACGUCAGUUCUAAGCGAACUUCAGGAGGAGAUGGGGGCCUAUGACUACGAGGAGCUCCACAACAGAGUGUCAAAUCUUGAGGAGAGACUCCGAGCAUGCAUGCAAAAAUUAGCAUGUGGCAAGCUGACGGGCAUCAGUGAUCCCAUCACCAUAAAGACGUCUGGAUCCAGGUUCGGCUCCUGGAUGACCGACCCCCUGGCACCUGAGGGAGAUACACGGGUCUGGUACAUGGAUGGAUACCACAACAACCGCUUCGUGCGGGAGUACAAGUCGAUGCAGGACUUUAUGACGUCGGACAACUUCACGUCCCACCGGCUGCCCCACCCGUGGUCAGGAACAGGUCAGGUGGUCUACAACGGCUCCAUCUACUUCAACAAAUUCCAGAGCCACGUCAUCAUCAAGUUCGACUUCCGCACCUCCUCCAUCAGCAAGUCCCGGCAGCUCGACUACGCCGGCUUCAACAACGCAUAUCACUACGCCUGGGGCGGCCACUCCGACAUCGACCUGAUGGUGGACGAGGGAGGCCUGUGGGCCGUCUACGCCACCAACCAGAAUGCUGGCAACAUUGUCAUCAGUAAGCUGAACCCCAACACGCUGCAGAUCGUCAAGAGCUGGACCACCAACCACCCUAAAAGGAGUGCCGGAGAGUCUUUUAUGAUCUGCGGCACGCUCUACGUCACUAACGGCUACUCAGGUGGCACCAAGGUGUACUACGCCUACUCCACCAACUCCUCUACCUACGAGUACAUCGACAUUGCCUUCCAGAAUAAGUACUCACAUAUCUCCAUGCUGGACUACAACCCGCGUGACCGAGCCCUCUAUGCCUGGAACAAUGGCCACCAGGUCCUCUACAAUGUCACACUGUUCCACGUUAUCCGCUCGGAAGAACUGUAACCGCGGAAAAAUGGAUUACAUACAUUAAUACAUAUUGUCUGUGUAGAGAUCUCCCUAUAUACAAAAUAUAUCUGCGAAAGAAAAAGACUCCAUGGCAAGACCAUUUAUAAUAUCAAAUAACUUUUACUGAAAGACUGCAUCAACCGUGAAUGCAAAGUGGAUUGAAUGUGCAUAUACAUGACACUGAAAAAAAUAAAUUGAAAAUUGAAGGGUUUCAUUCCAAAAUGUGAUAUAUUUGUUACAGGAAAAAAAGCUUUAUCAGUUAAUAUCACAAAUACAGAUAAUAAAACAGAACCGUUUUGUAUAUAAAGGUCUUAGUAUAACUUUAUUCAUAGUAGAUUUUAUUUUGAUAGCUGCCAUGGUUUUGUUAGAGGUCUUUUAUUUUGGAAUGAAACUCUUUAAUUUGUUUGCAGCAUAGAAAAUGAUUGUAAAAGUAGACUAAUAUAUCAGAUUUAAAAAGAAUAAGAACAGAUGCCAAAAAAUAAUCAUCACGCCUUUUUUUUAUAUUAUGGAGUAUCAAACCUAAGCUCAUUCCUGUGGCUCCGGUUCUUCUGUAGAAAUCCUCCCGGCUGAACUUUUCUUUUGGUCAAUGGGGGUCCUGAAACUGAAGACUGUUGGUAAUAAACUGUUGGAUCCCCAGGCCCCAUGGACAGACAGAAAAGUGGGAGGUCAGUCUAGUCAGAAGACUUGAUAGCCUAAUGGGUGCGGUGUGUCAUAUCGUUUUUAUCAAGUACAGUAGCAAAUCAAAAGUCUGUAGAGAAACAGCAAACAACAAUAACAACAUCCACUAAAAGACCUGAAGGCACUGACUGUUGACAGCGCUGUUGUUUGAGAUGAUUUUCCCGUGUUAGUGACUAUGUGUGAAAAAGGCUUUCUUUGCAUGAGUGUUUUCUAUCACUCUGGUCUGCUCUUCUGAAUGUCUUUUGCUGUAUGAUACUAUAAAAAAAAAAGAAGGGAGGGAGGGUGGGAGAGGGAAUAAGGUAGAAUACCUUUGGGAUUUGAGGAUUUGCAAAGAUAUUUACUUUUUUCCUGCUUCUUUCUGUUUAGUUCUUGUUUUGUUCAUUUUCUGUUUCUUUGCAAUCAUUUUAUUUUUCAAAUGUUCUUGUAUCACUGUAACUGUUGGCACCGGGUUUGCCUCUCUGUAUUUGUUUAUUUGGACUGCGUGGGAUGAAUCUAUCUAGCUCACAUCUCUCUCUGAAGAAAAAAAAAAAAACAGAAUGUAUCGAGUAUUGUAUCCUGGGAACCUGGUCCUCCUAUCUUCAAUUCACAUCAUGCGCCUGUAGUAAGGAGAGAUUGUUUUUUUUUUUUUUCUUUUUCCUUUUUAUAGUGGAUAAUCCUGUCUCAUGUCAUGUUUCCCCCCACUGCUAGUGAAGGAUAAUGCUGUUUAAAUGUAUACCCCUGCAGAGGACAAAAGCUUUUCACUCUUUUUGCGCUUUGCUGGACAUGUGUUGUAUCUGAGAUGAGAUAGUUAAUGAUUCGUGUCAAUAAAACAGAGAAAUCUGA